AUGACGUCACUUGUGCAGAUAGUCCGCGGCCCGAGCCCGCGGCUGGUGCUGGCGCGGCGCGUGCCCCCGCCCCGCGCGGCCUCCGCCCCGCGCCGCGCGCGCCUCGCGCUCACCACCGCCCCCGCCGACGACCCGCCCGCGCCCCUCGCGCCCCCCGCGCCCCCGCCGCAGAUCGUCAUCGUCAACAACCCCGGCCCCGCCGAGCCCCCGCCCGCCCCCACGCUCCCCAAGCUCGCGCUCCCCGACCAGUGGCUCAACAAGCGUCUCGACUACAAGUACUCCAACAUCCCGCGCCCCCUCGCACAGUUCUCCAAUACAGACUUGGGCGCGGAUCUGACGCAAGAAUCUCGCGCGAAGAAGUUCAGCGCUACGCGGUCACCGUCCUUGGAGAAAGACGACAAGUCCCCGUUCCUGUUGAGCGCCAGCGCCAAGUCUGAUAAGGAGGUGUUCGGGUUCGAUACCGAGGCGGUGGAGAAGCUGAGCGACAACAUGAGUGAGAGGACUCCGCAGGAGGGGGAGGAGGCCUCGCCCAGCAACCUGAGGAGGUUCCGCUCCGUCAGCACCAGGCUCAACAUGUGCAGCGUCAACGAGAGCCCGCACAUCGAGGGCCAGCAGGAGAGGCUCGAGAUGCAGAACUCCCCGAGAGUCUUAGAAUGCAGUUCAGCGAAGGAAAAAUCCUCGGUCCCUAAAUUCGACUUUUCUCCGAAACUCUUAGCGGAGACCAUGGCGUCGCCGCGAUUCUUCACGCCCCCCGAGACUGUCUCCCCUAUGUUCUUCGCCGAACCUUCACCUAAGUCCGUGUACUACGACACAGUGCGCUCACCCAAGUUCUUUCCCGAGACUCCUCGGGACGCUGCGGAAGUACCGCAGUCGCCGCGAGCGCUCGGAGACCAUCUCAACAGGAAUGGCAUCUCAGAGAAGCCAUGCUCCCCGAGAGUGCUGAACCGACCGAGUCCUAAAGUCCACAGCUAUAACAAAGAAAACUAUUUCACAUUCGAACAGUCCUGUUUAGAGGAAGACAGAGAAACUCCGCGACCAAAGAAAUACGGAGGAAGGAACUCGAUAGAGAGGGAGAGAUUCACCCCUCCAGCAGACAAAGAGGUCCGGAGGUACAGGAGACACAACAGCUGUGACACCAACUACAAGACUAUAGAACUAAACAUCAGCAAGUGUGAGGAUAAUAAAGAAAUAGAAACGAAAAAAGGUGAAGACGUCAUCGACUGCUGCAUCAAAAUGGAUACACUGGAAAUCGAACCCAAAGUCCCUGAGGAACCGAACGAACACCCGAGUCCCUCGAACACAGCGCAAGCGAGGAGACAACGACUCAAGUCCAUAUCAUUAGACUCUGAUAACGCAAAGAUCAUCGAACAAAACCUGGGACUGCCGAUAGCGAAACAACUCAAAGAUCAGAUGAACGAAGCGUACAAGAACCAGGACACGAGCACCUCCUGCGAGAGCAUGGACAGGUAUCAGAAGACGCCCACCAACGAGAGACCCAUGUUCAAAUUCGAGGAGGAAAAGGAUAAACAACCACCCGAGGAAGAACCCAAAUCCCCGGACAUCAAGCAAAAGAAGUGUCUCCGUCAAAGUUCUGACACUCAGUCCUUUUUGGACAUGCCCCGGUUUUCCCCUAAGGAGUUCGAAAUCACCGUUACCACCGAGGAAGGGGCGACCACCCCCGCCGAGACACAAACCAAGAAAAAAGGCAAGAACCUCAGAAACCUCCGGAUAGAUCUAACGAAACGAGACAGUGAACUAGAAAAGGAACUUCUAGAAUUCGAAAAGUUAUACACAGAUGCUGAAGAGAAGAAAGUCAAAACUCCGACUUUAAAAGUCAAAGCCACAUCGUUAGACUCUUCUGAAACUGUCAACCUCUCUUUGCCGCAGAAGAAAACUCUGGAAGUGCCUCAGAACUCCGUGUCGAUGCCAAACACUCCGAAAAGACAGUUGAAACGAAUUCUCGCGCAAAAAAAUAGUAAACACGAUUUUGCUGGAGCCAAACUAGGAUACAACUCUAUACAGUCGAAUGCUGAACAACGACGCUUAUACAUGAAGGGGCAAGACAGUGGGAUAUACCUGAGAGAAAACCACGCCACCCUCAUGCUAUACCAGCCGGGUACGUCCCGCAUGGGGUCCAGAACCAUGGGGUCAUUCGAUGAAAACAUGGCCGAUUUCGAAAACACACCCGAAAUUAAUAUAAGCGGCGCUGAUAAUAGAAGUUACCACGUCGACACCAGUCAAACGUUAGGCUCGAACCUACUCAACUAUAAGCAAAACUUAAGUGUCUCAAGUACGAAUUUGAAGACGUUACCUGAAGGUGUACCGUCGGAUGAUUUUGAACCGAGCGCGGAAGAUGAGAAAAUGUCGAAGAAAUUGCAUAGGAGGAACUCCAACCAGAGCCUAAUGCUCAGUACACACAGCCUGCAGAGUUCUAACUGCUCCUUAAACAGCUCAGGGGCCUCCUGCCAUAACCUAACUACAGUUAGGACAAGCGUGUCAAAUUUCAGUUUAAAUUCAGAUAGUAGGAAGAAGCUGUCUUUAGAACGACGAGAUUCCAACACAUCUCUUAUUAAUACGGAACACUUGACACCGACAACUCGCGUCAUUUGCUCUUCAAAUACCAACGUAUCGGGAGAGGUCACCAAGAACUGCCUCCUCCAGCGACGAGGAUCCAACAACAGUCUCACUCUUAACAUACUCUCGACAAACAACCUGAGCAGGCACUCAAGUAAUACAUCGUUAAAUAAAGAAGCUAAACCAGGACAGAAGAAAGGGCUACUAGAACGCAGAAGUUCAAAUACGUCGUUAACUCUUAACAUUAACACGUCAAACCCACAGUUGUCAGUUAACAGGGGUCUGUCCGUCUCCAACUAUAACCUAAACGGUUCAACUUGUAAUCUGAGCAGGUAUAACAGUAAUCAUAGUAUUGAUAAUCCCACUACGGAACCACGGAAGGGAAUUCUCGAACGAAGGAGUUCGAAUACAUCUCUUACUCUCAACAUCCAGCCGCAGGAGCCCAGGGACUUGGAAAUCGAUGAAACGUUAAUAGAUCCGAACUUAAAAGACUUACCGCACCGAGAUAAACACCGGAAGUCGCUCAGUACUGAGAACUUGAUUCCAAAGUCUUAUAAAAACCGAACGAGGUUACGGUCGACGGACAAAGGUGUCGGCUUUGGAUCCCACGACAACUUGUGGUCAUCAUCUUACACUACGGAGCAAGAAUACACUCAGAACCUGACUUAUGUGUGCGGCGAUCAGGAAAACGAGAUUAUUUACGCGUUCGGGAGGCAAGACGACCCCAACUUUCAGCAAGGGUUCGUCAGGAAUAUCACAACUAAACCACUUAGUCCGCAAAGUACGUCUGAAGAUUUUAGAUUGUAUUUAGCGAACAUGCAACAUCUUCAGAACGCGUCAAGCGUGCUCACCAGACAACAGCUGCGAGAUUUGAACGACGUUUUCCAAAAUGGCUACUCGAAAGUCAAGUGCCAUAGUCUCGGUGAGGGUCAGAACUGUUGCUGUGCCAGUCGUCUGGAAGACUUCUCGAAAGAAAACCCUCAGAUGAUGAUCCCCGACCCGGUUCCCUCGCAGCGCUGCUCUGAGUACCAGAAGAUGUUGCUCCGGAACCUGCACCAGGAGUUCUGGGAUAUGCCCACGAACUUCCAGGAGAAGCCGAUAGUGUCCGGCUCUCAUCCCAAGAACAGAUACAAGACUAUUCUGCCGAACGAACACUCGAGGUUCAUUCUGAACGCGCCCGGCUCUGCGGAGGGAUAUAUUAAUGCCAAUUUUAUUAAGGGGCACGAAUACACGCGCAACACGUACAUCGCGACGCAGGGCCCGCUGCAGAACACCAUCCACGACUUCUGGCUGAUGGUGCACCAGAACACGCUGCACCACUCCCAGCCCCACGCGCCAGCCAUCCAGAAGAUAGUCAUGCUCACCAACUUCAUAGAAAACAACAGGCAGAAGUGCGAGAAGUACUUCCCACAGGAGCUCGGUGAAGAAAUGCUCAUCAAUAACCCAGAAAACCCAGAUGAAGAUGAUGUAUUCACCAUCAAGAACUGUGGGAUGAUCAAGAAAGCAGGCUACACUAUCAGAAAACUAGACGUGGAUUACAAACUAAGUGACAGUGAUUGUGAAGUGACAGCUUAUCAUUAUUGGUUCCAUAAUUGGGCCGAUCACAAGUGCCCUAAGGAUGUGAACGCCCUACUGAACCUAAGUUUGGACGUUUUGAAAGACAGUGUCUAUGAUUUUAGUGAUCCUAGUGAGUUAGCCGAGGACCUGUGUAAGUGUGAGACUCCGAAGCAGGACUCCAAGUUUGUGUUUCCUCCGUUAGAACAACCGACCCCAUGUGAAGUGACAGUUAGUGUGUCUACUCCUUUGGAUUUUACUGUAGAAUCGCUAAGUCCUCCGACUAUAGUCCAUUGCUCAGCUGGUAUUGGUCGCACGGGGUGUCUGCUGGCCAUUCUGAAUGGUAUAAAACAGUUGACUAUAGAGCAUAAGGUGGACGUCCUAGGUAUAGUUUGUAAUAUGAGGUUGAACCGAGGCGGGAUGGUGCAGAACUCGGAGCAAUAUGAACUGAUACACAAAGUGCUCUGUCUGUACGAGCAGGCCUGUCUGCCCUUAUAUUUGAAUUUUGGACAUAUGUUUGGGCACGAAUACACGCGCAACACGUACAUCGCGACGCAGGGCCCGCUGCAGAACACCAUCCACGACUUCUGGCUGAUGGUGCACCAGAACACGCUGCACCACUCCCAGCCCCACGCGCCAGCCAUCCAGAAGAUAGUCAUGCUCACCAACUUCAUAGAAAACAACAGGCAGAAGUGCGAGAAGUACUUCCCACAGGAGCUCGGUGAAGAAAUGCUCAUCAAUAACCCAGAAAACCCAGAUGAAGAUGAUGUAUUCACCAUCAAGAACUGUGGGAUGAUCAAGAAAGCAGGCUACACUAUCAGAAAACUAGACGUGGAUUACAAACUAAGUGACAGUGAUUGUGAAGUGACAGCUUAUCAUUAUUGGUUCCAUAAUUGGGCCGAUCACAAGUGCCCUAAGGAUGUGAACGCCCUACUGAACCUAAGUUUGGACGUUUUGAAAGACAGUGUCUAUGAUUUUAGUGAUCCUAGUGAGUUAGCCGAGGACCUGUGUAAGUGUGAGACUCCGAAGCAGGACUCCAAGUUUGUGUUUCCUCCGUUAGAACAACCGACCCCAUGUGAAGUGACAGUUAGUGUGUCUACUCCUUUGGAUUUUACUGUAGAAUCGCUAAGUCCUCCGACUAUAGUCCAUUGCUCAGCUGGUAUUGGUCGCACGGGGUGUCUGCUGGCCAUUCUGAAUGGUAUAAAACAGUUGACUAUAGAGCAUAAGGUGGACGUCCUAGGUAUAGUUUGUAAUAUGAGGUUGAACCGAGGCGGGAUGGUGCAGAACUCGGAGCAAUAUGAACUGAUACACAAAGUGCUCUGUCUGUACGAGCAGGCCUGUCUGCCCUUAUAGCCCGCAGGGGGCGCCGCGAUGUGUGGAGUGAGCAGGUUUACAAUAGCCUACUAAUGUGAUAAACGCGAAAGUUUGAAUUUUGGACAUAUGUUUGUUACUCUUUGACGUAAAAACCACUGAACUGAUUUGGAUGAAAUUCGGUGUAGAGAUAGUUUAUUUUUUCUGCUUCAGUUAAGAUUCUAUUUCUGAUACGGAUGCGGAUUUAUCGUAAAUAAUAACGGAUCAUACCUUAAUUUCAAAACAUAAUCGGAUAACAAACAUUUUUUGGAAGCCUUUUUUGAAAAGAAUAUUAAAAGUAAUAAACUGCCGAACAGAUUUGGGUGAAAUUUUAAAGUUAAGCUAGUACUAGACAACUUAUUAACAUACUUAUAAAUAGACCCAGACACAGAAAAAAAU